CCCGCUUCGCUGGGCCAUCGGAGGCGCGGAGAGCAGCCGCAGGACGGAGAGUGGGCGCUGGUCCCGACAGGAAAUGGCUCUGAGGCUGUCGCUCCAGCAGGGCCGUGCUUUCUUCCCCGCCGGCGGACAAACCAGGUCAGCUUUUCUGCGCAGUUCUGUGGGAAGUACUAGCUUUAGUACAAAAGGAAAUACUGAAUCUACCAAGCAACCCCUUAAGAAGCCAAAAACACCAGUAGGUCGUUUUGAUAAGCCAGAAGAAUCAAGCCUAGAGAAGGAGCCACUAGAAAAAUUUCCAGAUGAUAUCAAUCCAAUGACAAAAGAGAAGGGUGGUCCCAGAGGCCCGGAACCAACUCGUUAUGGAGAUUGGGAACGAAAAGGACGCUGCAUUGAUUUUUAAAAAGCUCCUUUUCUGGGAGUGACAUUUGGGUGAAGAUAAAACCAAUAGAGGAAAAAAAAAUCACACUUUACUCACAUAAAUCAAAAUCUCUGUAUUUAUCUGCAACAAAGUGUCAUGUUUGUAGCAUUUAACCACAUUUAAUAUGUGAUUAAAUAUAGUGAAAUUGCGUUUUAAUGGACUAAUGUGAGGAGGGGUUCUCCACUAUUGAGGACAGUCUAUUGAAUUGGUGAAUGGGGCAUUGCAGAAUUUAUGUCAUUUGGGUGAUGAUACAACAUUAUGAAGCAAAUGUGUAAAUCACAAUAGAAACUUAGUCCUCUGUGUGAAAUCCAUUACAUGGAGGUCUGGUAAAAGUAGACUUCACUUUAUAGAUUUUCAAAGUGAGUAUUUGACAUUUUGAUGAAGUUCCAUGAUGGUGAUAGGAAUUGAUAGGAUUUUAUUAGUGUUGCAAUAUUAAACAUACUUAAUUGAAAAAAAAUCUUGUUGAAUUUAUUUUUCUUAUUGAAUUUAUUUAAUUUUCAAAUAAGACUUCUAAGUUGGAUUUAAUAUGACAAGAACAGUUCAUUAAUUGGAGUUUGCGGAGUAAUUUCAGUCUUUGUUACUUAUAGACCAAAGCAUGAGACCCAGCCCACGAACAACAGUGAAACAGUCCAGUCAAGUAUAGUUCCUUUAUUUGCUUACACCUUAUAGACAGAAUCUUGCCAAACUAAAUCUAUGCAAUGAAUAUACCCUGGGAGAUUCUAGGGAGUAGCUAUCCUGAACCUCUUUUGCUUCCCACAUUCCCCUUGAGGACUGCCUUGUCUCUUAUCUCCUUUCCCCGUCUGGAAUGCACCCGCUCCCUCCUGAUAGUUUUGUUCUCCCACAUCACUCUCCUCCUCAUAGAUACAUUCCAUCACACAAAGAAUGGAAAGGAAAUGAUUUCUAAUAUUCCUUGAUUUCUAUUUAAAGUAUUAUGAAGCAAGUAAUUUUUCCAGAUGUAUGAACACAGUUUAAUCAUAUGAUGGAGGAAAUGGCUGCUGAACUGUAAAAUGUACUGAAAUGAUAACAUUCUUUAGGCCAUUUAUCAACGUUUAAACCAAAUAAACUGAAUAAUCCCUAACAAUUACAAGAUGAUUAUUUAUCAUUACCUAUCAUAUUUAUGUAUUUUUCUUUUUAGAAAGUUGAUAAACUGUGAAUUUGUUAUAUUUUUUUAUCCCAAUAUAGUUUUUAUUCAUUGUUCCUCUGCACUUAAUUGUUUAUCUGUAUUUUUAGAUGAACUGGCAGUCUGGGUUAUGCUAUCAUUUACUUGUCUGGUUCAGUGACUUAUUUAAAUAAAAGCUGCCUUAUAAAACCUAUUAGCUUGUUUAUAAAUAGACUAGAAAUGUGUAUUCUCAAAUGGAAGCACACCCAGGUUUUCUGAAUAUGAAUGUAUAUGUGGUUCAUUUGUAUCCACAGUGCCUUAGAACAUAGCAUAUUGAUGUUGAUGCAAUGUCCAUAGAAAUUCAUUGUGUCAAAAUAAAUCUAGUGACAGUGGGUAAUUUUUUUUUUU